AACACUGUUAAUGGUAUAUAUUUACUUAUCUACAACAGGAUGAAAUACAGGAGAUCAUUAUGAUAAUUAUGGAGUCGCUGUGAUUACUGCAGCCAUCAUGGUAAAUUACUCGUGAUUAUAAGCACUCGAUUGUCACAAAACGAUGACGAAGUCAGGACGCCUACAUGCGGUGAAUAUUCACAAUGGACAAAGUCUGGAAAGUUGGGGGAAGUGGAGGGACGUCGAGGGCGGCAUUACCAAAAUUGAUACCCGCGGUUCCAGAAGUGAUGGGUCCUUACCAGAGAUUUGAUCUUCAAUACGUGUUGAAGGAAAUUGAAACUGCCGAUCAUUAUGUUGAGGGAGCGCGGGUAUGGAUCCCGGAUCCCGUGGAGGUGUGGCGAGCUGCGGAGCUGCUGGAAGCCUACACCGGGCAGCCCAAGCUCAAAAUACAGUACGAGGAGGGGGAGGGCCACUGGACAGUAAGUACCAGGGGUGAUCACCCCUUUCAAAAACCCAAACAGCAAUGGAUAUCUCUUCGGGAAUCUGUGAUAGAAAUAAAAGAAAAGAACCUGCCUCAUUUACGAAACCCGGAUAUUUUGAUCGGUGAAAACGAUCUUACCUCUCUAAGUUACUUGAACGAACCAGAAGUUCUGUACAAUCUGCAGGUCAGGUUUGUGCAACAGAACCUCAUCUACACAUACUGUGGUAUAGUGCUUGUGGCCAUCAACCCGUACGAGCAGUUAGACAUCUACAACAAUGACAUCAUCCAGGCCUACUGCGGCCAGGACAUGGGCGCCAUGGACCCUCACAUCUUCGCGGUCGCAGAGGAGGCCUUCAAGAAGAUGUCAAGGUUUGAUGAAAACCAGUCCAUUAUUGUCAGUGGAGAGUCUGGUGCAGGGAAGACGGUCUCGGCUAAAUAUGCCAUGCGAUACUUUGCAACAGUUGGGGGCUCGCAGGCGGAUAGUGAGACACAGGUCGAGAAGAAAGUCCUGGCCUCGAACCCCAUCAUGGAGGCUAUUGGCAACGCCAAGACAACAAGAAACGACAACAGCAGUAGAUUCGGUAAAUACAUCGAGAUCACGUUCAGCAGGAAGCACGAAAUCAUCGGUGCCAACAUGAGGACAUACUUGCUGGAGAAAUCCAGAGUGGUGUUCCAGGCCGAGGAGGAGAGAAACUACCACAUCUUCUACCAGCUGUGUGCAUCAGCCGACCUGCCAGAGCUAGCGGACAUGAAGCUGAAGUCUGCAGACGACUUCUUCUACACCUGUCAUGGAGGGAGUCCGGAGAUCAAUGGAGUCGAUGAUGCCCAUGAUUUUCAGGUUCUACGGGAGGCUUUCAGUUUACUAGGCUUUUCUGCCAAGGAUCAAAUGAUGAUCUUCCGUAUCAUGUCUUCGGUGCUUCACUUCGGCAACGUUGUCAUCAGAGAGAAGGAGGGGGAGUGUUGUGAAGUUCCAAAACAAGAUGAGCAUUUAACUGUGAUGUGUAAGCUGCUGGGCAUCGAGGAGUCCCAGAUGAGGAUGUGGCUGUGUAACCGGUCCAUCCAGACAGUCAAUGAAACCCUCACCAAACCCCUGACAGAGAGCCAGGCCAGUUUUGCCCGGGACGCCCUGGCCAAGCACAUCUACUCCCGGAUGUUUGACUGGAUCGUGGCCCACGUCAACAAUGUGCUGCGGAACAACGUCAAAACCAAAGUCAAACUCAACUUCAUAGGAGUGCUAGAUAUUUAUGGGUUUGAAACGUUUGUAAUCAACAGUUUUGAGCAGUUCUGUAUAAACUACGCAAAUGAAAAACUGCAGCAGAUAUUCAAUAUGCAUGUGUUCAAGUUGGAGCAGGAGGAGUAUGUGAGGGAGAAGAUCGAGUGGUCGUUUAUUGAUUUCUAUGACAACCAGCCUUGUAUCGACCUGAUAGAGAACAAGCUGGGGAUACUGGACCUGCUGGAUGAAGAGUGCAAGAUGCCGAAAGGAUCUGACCAGAACUGGUGCCAGAAGUUAUUUGAUAAACAUCUGAAGAAGUCCAAGCAUUUUGACAAGCCAAGGAUGUCCAUGAAAUCAUUCAUCAUCAUCCACUUCGCGGACCGGGUGACCUACACUGCAGACGGCUUCCUGGAGAAGAACCGGGACACCAUCUUGGAGGAGCAGAUCAACAUCCUCAAGGCCAGCGAGUUUGAUGUCGUAGCCCAGCUGUUUGAAGAGGCUAGCGAUAAGAAGACAAGGUCAGGGUCAGUGACGGUCACUCCGCUACGCCAGUCGGCCAAGACGGGCAGCAAGCAACACAAGAAAACAGUUGGAUCACAGUUCCGAGACUCUCUCAAGCUACUGAUGGAGACGCUGAAUGCAACCACACCCCACUACAUCCGAUGUAUCAAGCCCAAUGACUUGAAAGAAGCGUUUGAGUUCAACUCAACGCGAGCUGUGGAGCAACUGAGAGCUUGUGGAGUGCUGGAGACGAUCCGUAUCAGUGCUGCCGGGUACCCCUCAAGGUGGACGUAUGCCGAGUUUUUCCAGCGCUAUCGUGUCCUGGCUAUUUCCAAGGACAUCCUGAAGAAGAACCUGUUGAAGACGUGUGAAAAUAUCCUCGUCAAGCUGAUUGCAGACCCUGACAAGUACAGGUUUGGAAAGACGAAGAUAUUCUUCAGAGCGGGUCAAGUGGCGUACCUGGAGAAGCUGAGAGCAGACAAGCUCCGUGCAUGCGGCGUCAUGAUCCAGAAGCACAUCCGGGGCUGGCUGCUGCGCCGCAAGUACCAGAGAAUCAGGAAGUCUGUGCUGCUGGUGCAGAGGUUCGGGCGGGGCCUGCUGGCUAGAAGAAUGGCUGUCCACCUCCGACAAACCCAUGCUGCCAUCGUCAUCCAGUCGAAAUGGAGGAGCUACAAGAAGUGGUCCGUCUACAGGAAGCUGCGGACAUCUGUCAUCCUCCUCCAGGCCAAGAUACGAGGCAACUUUGCUCGUGAUCGGUACAUUGGUAUGAUGAAGCAGAAACGUGCAGUGACAAUACAGCGCACGAUCCGCGCAUUCCUGGCCCGGAAGAGGUACAAGAGAGUGAUGCGCGGCAUCAUCCUGCUGCAGUCCCACGUCCGCAGACGCAAAGCCAAGAGGGAGCUCAAGACUCUCAAGAUUGAAGCCAAGUCUGUUGAGCACAUCAAGCAUGUCAACAAGGGCUUGGAAAACAAGAUCAUUGAGCUGCAACAGAAGCUUGAUACCAAGGCUAAGGCUGUUCAAGCGCUCCAAGUUAGCGAGAAGAACGUUGAGGAGAUGAAGACAGAAAUCCAGAAACUGCGGUCUUCGGACCAGGUUGCCAAGACGUCAUCCAAUCGUGUGCGUGAACUGGAGGAGGAGAUCGCACGUCUCAAGGAGGACCUCGAGAGCGAGCGUGGUGAGAAAGAAGAUGUAAUAUCGGAGAAACAGUUGCUGCAGAAGAAUCUGCAUGAGAUGGUGACCAAGUUUGAAGAUGAGCAAGUGAGGUUAAAGGAGGACCUUGAUGCUGCAAACCUCCUACUGAAACAGCAAGAAGAACAAAAUACACAAAUUAUAAAGGAGAAGCUGGAAGCUGCCAACAAACGUCUCUUGGAGGAGUUUGAGUCAGAGCGAGGCCACCACCAGAAGAUGGUGCGAGAACACGGCCGUCUUCAGCAGCGGCUUGAGAACCUGCAGGGGGAGAUGAGCGUCCUGAAGAGCCCCACCGGCGGCCACCACAGAACCCCCUCAGACAUCAGCGCCAUCAGUGUGGACUCGUACAGCAGCUCUGCCGACGUGGAGAGGGGAGCCGAGGACAGGCGAGAGGACGAUGAGGACCUGGGUUACGAGACAGCCAAGAGGAAGGCAGCGCCACCUACCAGUCUACUUGACACGGUCUUGAAUGAGGUCACAGGGAAGAAGGAGGGUGAGCCACUAGAUGUGGGUCUGGUGCUGAAGCUGCAGAACCGCGUGAAGGAGUUGGAGCGAGACAAGCAGUCCCUGCAGCGCCGUGUGGAACGGAUGGAGGAGGACAGUCCACGGGCGUCGCCCACCAUGAUGUCCGACUCCGCCUUCGAGGCUCUCAAGCAAGAAAUGGGCGCAAAUGCAGAUGACGUUGCCCUUGUAAUUAAGCUACAAAAGCGGGUAAAGGCUUUAGAGGUCGUUAAAAACAAACUGACAAACGAGUUGGAAGAGCGAGAUGAUAACGAAAAUGGCCAAGAGAGAAUCGGUGGUGACCUCGCCUAUGAGAGUUUGAAGAUGCAGGAACUUCAGAACGAGAACGACAAACUGAAGCGAGAAGUGUCCUCCCUCAACAAGUCCAUUGCCGCAAGUACAAACUUUGACAACAGUGGCAAAAUGUCCCCCGCUGGGAAGAAGUUCCUCGUAUUUAGACGGUUUUCUAAGCGAGGGAGAGCUGACAAAGCUAAGUCGCCUGAGGAUGAACUGGAGGCAAUGCGAGAAGAGCUGGACCGACGGAGAGAUGAGUGUCUCCACCUACGGGCGGAGUUGGCGGACCGCAGCAUCACCACGCACACCGUUGCUAAGGAGUCCUACGGCGGCCAUGACGAAAUGGUGAACGAAGACGACGAGAUUGUGAUGGCUUUCAAGACUCAGAAGGACCUAAACAGGCUGCUUCAGACUCAGUUAGACAAGACAGAGAAGGACUUCAAGAAGAAGGAGGACGAUUUACACAUUGAGAUCAAGGAGCUGAAGAAAGAGAAUGACCGACAACAGAAACUCAUUGGACAGAACCUCACGCUUGGGCCCGAGGCAAGGAUCGAGGCAACGAUGCAGCAUGAGAUUACAAGACUCACGAGUGAAAACCUGGAUCUACGUGAGAUGAUCGACAAACAGUCCGAUCAGAUCAGGAAAUUGAAGAAGAUGCUGAAAGUGUACUCGAAGAAGCUCAAAGAUGGCGAAGCUGCGGAGAUUCAAGCAGAGCUGGAGCAAGAGGAGAGGAGUAGCGCCAAUGGUGCCCUGGCGACGGUGAAACACAGACAGAGGAUAUUCCUGGGCAUGCUGGAGUACAAGAGGGAGGAUGAAGGCGCCCUGUUGAAGAACCUGAUACUUGACUUGCGGGCCAAGUUCUCGUCUGGGCAGAUCCCUGGCCUGCCAGCCUACAUCCUGUUCAUGUGCGUGCGUCACACCGACUACACCAACGAUGACGAGAAGGUCCGCUCCCUACUGACUGGCACGAUCAACAGCAUCAAGAAGGUAGUCAAGAAGCACCCUGACGACAUGGAGCGGUGUACGAUGUGGCUAGCCAACACGUGCCGGCUGCUGCACACACUCAAGCAGUACAGUGGGGAGAAGACGUUCCAGGCCGAGAACACCCCCAAGCAGAACGAGCAGUGUCUCCGCAACUUCGACCUGUCCGAGUACAGGCAGGUGUUCAGUGACCUGGCGGUGUGGGUGUACCAGGGCCUCAUCAAGGUCAUGCAGGAGAUGAUACAACCCAAUAUAGUGCCGGCUGUGUUGGAGCACGAGGCUAUCGCAGGUCUGACGGCAAGUAAACCCUCCGGGCUCCGCGGCCGCAGCAGCAGCACUGCCCGAGACCCUGACGAAGAUGACAGCAAGAUGUACUCCCUCGACUCCCUCAUGAGAUCGCUGAACAGCUUCAUGAGGAUAGUGACGCAGCACGCAGUCGACCCAGAACUCGUCAAGCAGAUAUUCAGACAGCUCUACUACUUCAUCUGCGCUGGAGCUCUCAACAAUCUCCUGCUGAGGAAGGACAUGUGUAACUGGUCCAAGGGUAUGCAGAUUAGGUACAACAUCAGCCACCUGGAGCAGUGGCUGCGAGACAACAAGCUGCACGAGUCUGGCGCCACAGGCACGCUGGACACAGUCAUCCAGGCAUCACAGCUGUUGCAGGCCAGGAAGACCGAUGCUGAUGUUGAGAGCGUGUGUGAGAUGUGCUCUAAACUCACACUUCCCCAGAUCGUGAAGAUCCUGAACCUGUACACCCCUGUCGACGAGUUCGAGGAGCGAGUGCCCAUCUCGUUCAUCCGGAAGAUCCAGGAAAAGCUGCGCUCCCGCGAGGGCACCACCAACACUCUCCUGAUGGAGACCAAGUUCUCCUACCCUGUCACCUUCCCCUUCAACCCAUCCUCCAUCGCCAUGGAAACCAUCGAGGUGCCUGAGCAGCUCCAUCUAGGAUUCCUCAAGAGGAUAUGAGGAGAUAACUCUGUUGAUUGUCUAGGAAAUAGCGAGGUCUGGCUACGGGUUGGAGUACAAUGUCAUGUAUAGGGACGCAUUAACAUGUGAAGGAACUCUGAAGGAUCAAAUGUUGGAUUUGAUACUCGACAAAAUAUCUUCCGUUUUUGAUUGAAAUAUUGCAAGAUGUCAGUUGACGACACCGACCCCAGGCAACGACCCUGACCAGGAGGCAUUGUGUAUAUUUUGAACAGGAUCCAAAUGGAUCAUCACUUCACAAGUCACAAAACGGAUCCUUGAUCCGAUAUUUGGAAUCACAAGUCAAAAUGGUCUGAUGUUUUUUAUAUGAUCCUAAAAACUCACUUCUGUAAAAGUCAUCCAGUGUUGGAGCAAGAUCCAACAGGGUCUCCAGUCUCCAGUCGCCAGUCCUCCGUGAGCGAUGUGAGGUGACACUACAGACCGUGUAAGCAUUUGUGAUAGAGCAGUGUCUGAGCGUUGAUCAAACCAAGAUACAGUCAACAACCGUUUCAGCCUGUGUCUGUGGUUGGAGGUGGAACAAGUCUUCUUAGAACAUGAGUCAUGAAUAGAUGGUGGUUUCAGUCACAGCCUUUAAGUUAUUACAAGUCAUGUGGACAGGGGAACGUGCAGUGAAUCCUCAUUAAUCGGAACCCUGUUAAUUUGGACACCUUGCUUUCCAGGCAGUUAUUGUUGGGGAAAGUCCAUAAAUAAUUAAAAAAUGUUGAUGUAACUACCUUCACAUGAGUCAUUGAUUGGUGUUUGUUGAUUUGGAUGAUUUCACUGCUAAUUAGCAGGAUUUCACUGUGGAUUAGCAGGAUUCCACUGCAGAUUAGCAGGAUUUAACUUCCGAUUAGCAGGAUUCCACUGCAGAUUAGCAGGAUUUAACUACUGAUUAGCAGGAUUCCACUGCAGAUUAGCAGGAUUUAACUUCCGAUUAGCAGGAUUCCACUGCACAUUAGCAGGAUUAAACUACUGAUUAGCAGGAUUCCACUGCAGAUUAGCAGGAUUUAACUACUGAUUAGCAGGAUUUCACUUUGGAUUAGCAGGAUUCCACUGCAGAUUAGCAGGAUUUAACUACUGAUUAGCAGGAUUCCACUGCAGAUUAGCAGGAUUUAACUACUGAUUAGCAGGAUUCCUCUGCUGAUCAGCAGAUUCUGCUGCCAAUUAGCAGGAUUUAACUGCUGAUUAGCAGGAUUUCACUCUGGAUAAGCAGGAUUCCUCUGCCGAUUAGCAGGAUUUCACUGUAGAUAAGCAGGAAUUAACUUCCGAUUUGCAGACUCCACUGUAGACACUGUUGUCCGACUAUAUAGUAAACCGACGUAGGGAUAUGGUGCCCCAUGGACAGGUAUAGACAUAGGGAUGGUUGUACCCAUGAUGCACUGUUUCAGUUACUGUGGAUGUUUAGUAAAUGUUAAAACUGGUAAAAGUCUUUAUUGGCUGUGUCGGAGAUAUUGCAUGUUUAGCUUUGUGCAGUAUGUACCUACACACACAGAUUUGAUCAGUGAAGUCUCAAAUAUUAAUGAGUUCAAUGUGCAAACAAGUCAUGCUGGUGUCAGACAAAUUAUUGUGCAAUAGAUCAACAGUUAAGCUUUGUCAACGAUCUAUCUCAUAUUAAACUGCUAGAACAUGUAUAAAUUAUAUCGUAUAUACAAUUGUUAUAUUUGAGAUUAUAGCACUGGUUCUUUGAUUCAAUGAUUCUUUCAGUUGAUAAUCAUAUCAUACAUGUUCGUUGUGCAUUAACCCGUUAAUGAAUCAGCAAGAUGAAUGAAUGAUGAUAAUUAAUAUGAAAAUGAUGAUUUUAAGGAAGUUAAAACUGUUUCUAUUUUGGGCAAAUUGGCUUUAAUGCGAAAAUUUUAAACAUUAUCUCUUGGUAAACACAGUGCACAUGCCAAAGGGAGGGAAUUUUUGUAUAGAAAAGUUUGUGGUAGCCCAGCGGUACAUGUGUUUGUUUGUCCUACCAAAGACCGAGUUUGAAUCCCUUCAUGAAUGUGGUCAAUGUUGGGACCUGGGUUAGAAUACUUCCACGGCACUUUAUUACAAUGUGGAUACCUUAAGAUUUUACGAAACUGAAAAGGGCAGUCAGAAUUGAUGGCUUUGUUGGUUGCAUGUCAUUGUACCCCGACAAACAUGGGACGAUGCUCAUGAUGUCAACCAGUGGUUUGUCAGAUUCAGACUCAAAUAUUGAACAAACAGCAUGAUUAUGAUGAAUAACAAUUCCUUAUAUUUCAAAGAAAACUGACUGCCGAAAUGAUAAAAGAAACCAUUCUGUCAGUGUGCUAUCCUUCCUCCCUCUUUAUGAUGCUCACGACUCGAUGGUGAUACUUAAAGGGUUAAUGUAGUCGUAUCCUGUGUAUCGUAUCCCCUGUAACCAUGGUAACCAUUCGUGUGUCACUGUAGUGUAUAUAUGCUGUAUCGACAACAAGUCGGUGUUGGAACUGCAGGAUCAUUGGAACUGCUAGAAUUGUGUAUACGUCAAAUUUAUUGUUGUUGACUUUUGAAUCAUGACUGAAAUCUACCAUACCACCGCAAGUUAUGUUUCUUACAAAACAUCAUAUUCAAAAAGGUAUUUAGUCUUUUUUGCACAAGGAAACCUCGCUGAGAACACACAAUUUCGAUCCUGACAAAGUUGGAAAAUAAUUUCAUUGAAAUUUUAUUUUUUUAAAUUUAGGGUCCCUUUUCAUAGCCCUUAUCAAUACCCAUGGACCUUUUAUAUACUGCUCAACUUCUGAAAGGGAUAAUCAGAUGUGUAUGAUGGAAAGAAAAAAUAUCUCCAUCAAAAGUUGAGUGGUAUAACACUUUGAUUAAUCACUGAAUUAUGUUUUUCCACAAUUUCCAAAAAAUUAUGAGAAUCAGUAAUUUACAAGAGAUCUCUAUUCACAUAACAGACUUUUAAACCUUGACGCCUGUCAGUUGAAAUUGACAUACCAUGGUGUAUAUUUUGUAUGUCCCAACUGUCACCGCAGUGCUGUGUGUUCAUUGGUUGUACAUUUCUGAUUGUUGAUAGUUGUUGGUUAUUUAUUACACAUGUAUGUUAAUGUGUAAGAUUCCUGUUUGUACAGCUCAUGUGCAAACUGUUUUAUGCGGUAUUCAUAGUUGAAAUGACACACAGAUCGGGAAUCAUAGACUGUGAUUGUAUCUGGGAAGAGAUUGUUCUUAAGGUUAACCAACAAAUUAAUGCUAAGUCACAAUGUUGCUUGUUUGACUGUCUCAAGGAAAUGUCAAAAAUAUGUAUCUGGUCAUGUAUUUAUUAUGAUUUUUAGGCCAGACCAAAAUCUAUCCCCUACCCCAAAACUAUUUUUUUUAAAUAGUCAACAAUCGAAAUAUAAAACAAAGUAAAAAUGUAAAUUCUGUGCUCAAUAGAUCCUUAUGAAAAAGACAUUUAUGAAAAAGUGAAAAAGAAUUACUAUAUUCGACGUAAUAAGCGCCCACGGCGGUAUUUGCUAAUAUAUUGGCUAGUGAACAAUCCCAGUUAGCACCCCUUCCGAUUGAUCAAUGUUCACAAGACUUAUUUAUUCGGGUAUAAUGUGCACUUGUGUGUUAUUUGCACCCUCAAUUAUGAGAAAUAAUUUCUGGAAAAUGUAUCUGUUGCGUAUGAUACGCACAUACUUUUCUUUUGUAUCAUUUUUCUCACCUUAUUUCUAAUUUUGAGAGCCCUCCGGGUGCUUAUUACGCCGAAUACGGUAAAAGAAUAUAAUGUCUUUUUGUUUUUUUCAAAAACAAUUGUAGAACCAAGAAAGACAAUUGGUCUGGCUUAAUUAUGACAAACUUGCUGAAUUAUUUCUAAUUCUGUAUACUAGUGAGGGAUGAAAUGUAGACACACAUUGUAAUUACAAAAUAUUGAUACAUCGAAUAUGAUAUAUAUAUAUACAUGCUAUAUUGGUACACUUUUCAUUGACCAAAGAAGGGAGAUAACUCACUAUAAAACAUUUAUUGUCACAUGUUCCCAAGACACAUGUAUCGAUGUUACUCUAUCACAGACAACAAUUAUCUGGGAAAACUAAGAUAAAAAUACCUACUAACAACACAAAUAACCAUCUUUAUACUAAAUUAAUGUUUUGGGAAAAUGUAAUUUUAUGUAAAAUAUACGGAGAAAAAUAUCAUUUACUGAAAAGAACUUUCUAGUCUCACCUUGGAAAUAUUGAAUGAUUAGUUUAUUUACUAUUGGGUGUUUAAUAUUGGAUCCCAUUCCCCAAAGUGAUCUUAACUCCCAUACUUUAACAUAAACUUAUGACAUUCAUACUCAUGAGAUCGUUUUGUGGAACAGCGCCCUGUAUCCUCGUUUGUUCUUUGUAAAGUAUCAGAAUAUCACAUCUUCUCCCAUAUUCUCAUCUUAUUAUCACUGUUAAUUCCUCAAACAUUCCUUUACAAAUGUGAUCAGAUACCACAUUCAAAAUUAUUCUUUUGAAAUUGUGUAUUUAAUUCCGAUCAAAGCUUUAAUGUCCUCUGGUCCCAGUGACAUUCCAUCACAGCUGAUUAUUUUUUUUAAUGAAUAAUGUUUUUUAAAAGAUAAAGUCAUUAAUAACUUUAUUAAUAAUAAUUCAGGUUCUCAAAACCACAGCAAGAAUCUUUUAAACAAAUACCUACAAUGGUGUUUUGGGGUAUCUUUCAUCCAGCCAGUAUGGCAUGCUGUGCGUCCAAGACCUUGUAACCAUGGUAACCAGUUCCACAUGUUACCACCUUGGAAUCAAAAUACAUUAUUUUGUAUACUUGUUUUCUUAUUUUUCAUGAAGUCUUAUUAUUUCAUUUCAAAUGAGUCCUAUAUUUACAUAUAACCUACUUUUACACCCUAUUCCAAUGUCCAUUUGGUUGUGAAACCAUCUUUAUAAAACCAUUGUCAUGAAACCAAGGUUAGUUCUAAGACUAGCUUCUGAGAAGGGAUAUUAAUCACACCUUGAAACUUGUACUUUAGCAUUAGGCCAAGCUCUUUAUAUUACUACGACAAAAAAAAAUGUUCAAAGCAAUUUUGUGAAAUUUAAAAGAAUCAAAAAUGCAGUGAUUAACAAAAUCAACUGUUACGUUUCUGUGUCUGGACAAGUCAGCCACACAAUGCUCAUCAAGAAAACAUAGGUACAAUUUCUGAAACUCUUUAAAGGGACCCACGGCCGUGAAAUGGCUGGAAUAUUACUAAAAGUGGUGUAAAAUCAUACUCACUCAUGUCUUGAUUGGCUAGAAUAUUAAAAGCGCGUAACACAAAAUCAUUAUAUGAAGCUGGUGCUCCCAAAGGCAAUGUUCACAAUCAUGCAUUCCAUUAUGUAUGCUGUGUUUCUGCAUGAGACAUAGCCAUCUUGUUCUCUCCCAAGUUAUUAACCGUGUUCUGAUUAUCUUGAAUGUUCUGAUAUCUGGAGGGGCGGUGGGGUAGCCUAGUGGUUAAAGCGUUGGCUCAUCACGCCAAAGACCCAGGUUUGAUUCCCCACAUAGGUACAAUGUGUAAACCAUUUUCCUGUGUCCCCUGCUGUGAUGUUGCUGAAAUAUUGCUAAAAGCAGCAGGGGCGUUGGGGUAGCCUUGUAGUUAAAGCGUUCACUCGUUACGCAAAGACCCAGGUUCGAUUCCUGACAUGGGUACAAUGUGUGAAGCCCAUUUCUGGUGUCCCCCGCCGUGAUAUUGCUUGAAUAUUGCUACAAGCGGCGUAAGACCAUACUCACUCCCACUAAAAGCAGCAUAAAACUAUACUCACAUUCAUUAACACAUAGAGCUGCACCACACCAUCUUAGCACUAGGACUCCUUAUUUCAGUACUUCUUGGUAUCCCAAUGGUUGAAUAGUUUACUUAUAAAACUGCAGGCCUGGGUUCGAAUCCCCACUUGAAUAGUGUCAGGCCCAUCGUUUGAGUCCUGUCAAAUGUCUGGAAUAUUGCUUAAACUCGAGCCGCAUUGACUUCAAGUAGCCUCAGUAACAUGAUCGCUUGUAGAACACACUCUUCACUAUUGUAAGCCAUGUUAGAACAUGUAAAACUAUUUUCCAUACCACUAUUCAUGCCACCCAUCACAAACAAGGUACACACAAGAGCACAGGACAAAUUAGGACAUAGUCUUUGUGAUAUUGAUGUUAUGGGUGUAUGUAGGCAAUAUAUCAGUAUACUACUCAUGUUUGAUAAGUAGGCUGGGGACAUAGAAGCGUUUCUGGAACACUUCAAAUGUUGAGUUGAUGCCUCUUCCUGAUUCUCACUGAAUUUAGCCAAUUAUACCCCCAUCAAAUGUCAAGUUGAGGCCAUCCACCGUACAAGGUAUCAAUUAGGUGAAUUAUACCCCUAUCAAAUGUUGAGGCCAUCCACCUUUGAGGUAUCAAUUUGGUUAAUCAUACCCCCAUCAAAUAUUGAGUUCAGGCAAUGCACCUUAAGGGUAUCUAUUUUGUGAAUUAUACCCCUAUAAGAUGUUGAGGCCAUCCACCUUAUGAGGUGACAAUUUGGUAAAUCAUACCCCUAUAUUAAAUGUUGAGUAGAAUAGUAUGUUUUGUGAAACACAUUAUCAUUCCUGGGAUUAGAAUGAAUGUUUGUUGGACAUGACUUAACAUGCCAACAUGAACAGAAUAAAUAGAACACAAUUAUGUAUAUUCCCAUAGUGCAGUCUUGCACUCUGACAAAUAACCUCUUUUGUUUUCCUUUUUAAGUAUUCUGAAUCAAAUAGAAAAAACAAUAAUUGAUUAAUUAGUCAUUUCAUUAGCUUCAUAAUGACUCCAGUAUUUAGAGAUGUCAGACUUUGAUGUUGAAUGUCAGUCCCAGGGUUAGACCAACUUUUUUAAUCACAAUUAUGCGAUUGAAAUAAUUUUUAUAUCAUCACACACAGUUUAUCAAUAGAAUCACAAUUUUCGUAAAUUUCACCAUAAACUUUUGAAUAUGACUAUUGUUGAUAUAAGUAGUUGAAAGGAAAGUAGAAUAUUGAAAUGAAAGUAGUUGUCAAUCUAGUAGUAUCUUGUGCAUCAGACAUCCUUGACCUUGAAUAGUAAUGAUGUAAAAAUUGAAUAAGGAUGUCAUGUAUUCCACACUUUUAAGGAUUGAAUGCAAGAAGAAUGUUUUGUUUGGUUGUACAUAUUUGGUUCAAGGUCAGCUUUUAUGUAUGAGAGUGUGCUAUUUAUUGCAAAAACCUGAUCAUUUUAUGAUGCAAGUGUCUACUUAAUAUCUGUGAAUAUUUCAAUCCAUGUGUAGCCAUGUCUUUUGCUAGCGUCAGAGCUUAUAGAGACUGGGAGCCGAGGCUCCAAGUGACUUGGUAACUAGAAUAAUAAAUUUGGAUGUAGAUGCCAUGUUAGAGAUGACGCUAUGACAAAUGGUGGUCUUUGUGAUAUGUAGUAUAACUUGUCAGCCAAUGAGAACCCACACGAACAUUGAUUAGCCAAUCAGUGAGGCAAUAAACCACUAGAAAAUGA